AUGGGAGUUCCGGGUCGUGACAAAAUCGUCGAUUGGUUCCCUGCGCUAGAGAUCUCAGAUAAAAAAUAUGAAAAGCUUGUUAAACGUUGGAACAAAUCUGUCAUUGUUAGAAUGCUGGGGAGACCAAUUUCUUAUAGGCUGUUGUGUGACAGGAUUGCCUAUAUGUGGAACCCUAAAGGCAAAUACUCGAUUGUUGAUUUGGAUGAUGACUGUUUCCUGGUUAAAUUUACAGAGGAAGGGGACUACCUUAGGGCUCUCUUAGAUGGUCCUUGGGUGAUUCAAGGAAGCUAUUCUUUAGUGCAACCAUGGACACCGAACUAUCUAAGAGGUGCAAACGAUCUCACUGCUGUAGCGGCUUGGGUUAGAUUCCCAGGGAUGCCGCUUCAUUUAUACCACAAAUCAGUGCUAAGAAGAUUGGCGGCCCUCUUAGGUCAUCUGUUGAAAAUUGACUAUAACACAUGCUCGAAAAAGAGGGGAAAAUUUGCAAGGAUUGCAGUGGAGUUGGAUCUAACUAAACCAUUGGUCCCAUUUGUAUACGUGAAAGGAAAAAGGCAGAAGGUGGAGUAUGAAGGCCUGCCAAGGAUUUGUUAUGUUUGUGGACUAUAUGGGCAUGUCCAAGAAGAAUGCCUAAACAAAGAAAACUCUCGAUCGCAUAGUAUGAAUGAAAAGGAGAAAGGGGAUGAACAGCACUAG